UAGUGUAGUAAGUCGGGGAGAGUUUUGACGCGGGCGCUUUCACGUGAGCCCUCCUGGGGCUGGAAACUAUUGUGCGGAGCCCAGUGAGAGAGUGGCAGCAAGCGGGGAAAGUGGCUGCCAUUGCGCGCAGCAGCCAGAGGCGGCGGUGCCGAGCUGGUGCUGGGAAAGAAACUGCACGGACAUCCUGGUUUGUACCACUUAAAGGAACAGCCAGAGAGUCGAGGGAGGGAAAGAGCGAGCGAGCGAGGGAGCAGCCAGCCAGCCAUAGACUCAGCCAGAUCGGUGCUUUCCCGGCUGUUUCCCGACAGAGGCGGAGCGCCCGUACGGCUCGAUAACCAUUUGCUCAGAAAUACGUGACUGAACGCCAAAGAAUUUGAAAGACUUCUGGAAGAACAAAUCUAGUUUCCACAAGAUCAAAUCUGUAUUAAAUGGCUGAUAAACAGAUCAGUUUACCUGCCAAGCUGAUCAAUGGAGGGAUAGCUGGGCUAAUUGGGGUCACCUGUGUAUUUCCUAUUGACCUGGCAAAAACUCGCCUACAGAAUCAGCAGAAUGGCCAGAGAAUGUACACAAGCAUGUCUGACUGCCUUAUCAAGACAAUCCGUUCCGAAGGGUAUUUUGGCAUGUACAGAGGGGCUGCAGUGAAUCUGACACUAGUGACUCCAGAAAAAGCCAUCAAACUAGCUGCCAAUGAUUUCUUCCGGCAUCAUCUGGCCAGAGAUGGGAAGAAGCUGACCCUGAUUAAGGAAAUGCUGGCUGGCUGUGGGGCAGGGACCUGCCAGGUGAUUGUCACCACUCCCAUGGAGAUGCUCAAAAUCCAGCUGCAGGAUGCAGGCCGAAUUGCUGCUCAGAAGAAGCUAAUGGCCGCACAAGCUCAGUUAAACCCUUCCACUGGUGCUGGGGCAGCAGAGUCUGUUGUGGAGACACGGACGACAGCAAUGCAAAUCACAAGGGACUUGCUUCGGAGCAAAGGCAUCGCAGGACUUUAUAAGGGACUUGGCGCUACGUUGCUAAGGGAUGUACCGUUUUCCAUUGUUUAUUUUCCAUUGUUUGCAAACCUGAACAAACUAGGGCAGACAACCCCGGAUGUCAAGGCUCCAUUCUAUGUGUCCUUCCUUGCUGGGUGCCUGGCUGGCAGCACAGCAGCUGUAGCAGUGAAUCCUUGUGAUGUAAUCAAGACAAGAUUGCAGUCCUUGCAGAGGGGGGUCAACGAGGACACAUACUCAGGGAUCAUAGACUGUGCCAGGAAAAUCUGGCGGAAUGAAGGUCCCACAGCCUUUUUGAAGGGGGCAUAUUGCAGAGCCCUGGUCAUCGCCCCACUCUUUGGUAUUGCACAAGUUGUGUAUUUCAUUGGGAUUGCUGAAUAUUUCCUAGACAUGCUUCCAAUGCGCCGGGAUUAACCCCUCACACCUCUCCCCAUCCAAUUGGAAUUCAUCAUAGUAUUCUUUGUCACCGUGCUAUCAGAGCAACAGCACAAGGAGUUAAAACAGUAAUGGGGGGGGGAAUGAAUGUUGUCUCCAAACCAAGUCCCCCCCCUCCAGUCAACAUGACCUCACCAUUAUGCCAGGGAAGAUACCUGAUUAUGCAUAUCUCCUUUCUAAUUAUCAAUCUCAAAAGACACUGGUUAGCACAGACUGUCUUACAGACCUGCUUUUUCUCCUCUUGGCUAGGGGAGAAUGACCAACAAAUCAAGAAAGAGCAAAGGACUUUCCUCCCCCAUCCCCACCCAUUCUUGGUUUCAGGCCUCUGGGGAAGCCAAGGGGCUGCUAUCCAUUAAAGGGAGGCCAGUUUGUCAUUCGAAAAGGCGGGUAAUUUCUGAAAUAAAAAUGUUUUGUUUUCAUGUAGGUCUCCUAAACAUCCCUCUCCUAAAUUAGCUGGACUGAAGUGAACUCUUUGGAUAUCAAAGAAGGAGGGGAAAGGGAAAGGCACAUUUUGUAUUUAGAAUUUGUGAAAGGGACUGCCUUCCUGAAUGAGUGUGCGCAGGUGAAAUGUCCUCCCUGCAGAUGUGCACUCAACUGCUAAGGAGCUGCAUCUGUGGAAACACAGUGCUGUCCAGUGUUGCGAACUAGCUGAGCCAUUGUGAUAGGGAAGAAAUGAAUGAUUUUGGGAUCAAUUUUUUUUAAAAAAAAAUCAUGCUGGAUUUAAAACAAAAAACCCCCCAACCCAGUAAUACAUUCCUUUCAAUCAGCCUAGUUGAUGCUGGUAAUGCUGCUGUUCCACCCAGUGUUUCAGUUGUCUGUGUUUUGACCUAUACCUGUAUUCCUUUCCUGUUUCCCUCUGGGAGCACAAAUAAUGCCAAAGGGUUACUUAGGGAAAGCUGAUCUCUGAUGUGGCUGUAAACACUGCAAAAUGCCAGAUGGCAUAGAAAGACUUAGCUUAGCUGAAAUCAGUGGAAAUAAUCUUGCACAUUUCUUGAGGUUCAGUUGCACCGAAGUCAAAGAAUUAUGCUAUAUUCACGCCAGUUCAGAUACUAGUUCCUUACUGGCCUGCAAUGAUAAUUUUUUAAGGGUGACAGCUAGUUUUCCUAUUCAGACCAAAACUGACAGCAGAAGGUGGCUUGUUAACCUCCACAGGUCUCUCCAUAUCUCUUAUGUUCUCUCUCAGAGAUAGAAGCCUGGUUUUCUUCUGUUUGUUUCAACAGUUACUCUUCCAUCAGAGCAAAGUAACCCAAGUAUCAAAAUCAAUGCUAAUUCUGGUAAUUUCCCCUUUAUUUCUAUUUCCUGCUUCUCAGGUGCUGACACAGUGCUGCCUGCAACAUUGCAGGGAAAUAUUUUAUAUUUUUUAAAAAAUCUGUUAAAGUUUUGCAAAUUCCUUUUUUUUUUUUGAGGGGGUGGGGCAGUCUGAUUUUGGAGGAUAGCGUGUUUAAGAGACAUUUCCCCCUCCUGCAACUUGGACUUUGUCUUCUUGUUGCUGCGCCUCAAUACUUCUUAUAUCCCAUUCCAAAGAAAUGAAAUGAAUUAGGUAUGCAGAUGGUGUGGCUAUUUACAUUUGCCCUUGGAGAUGUCUUAAAUGUUCCUAAUGCCCAUGUCACUGUUGGCUAGGGUAGCCAGACGCAGAAGAGGAAAGGAACUCUGCACCUUGAAUAGCUGCGUAGAAGAGGGAAGCAUCAGCGGAUGUUUCUUGUUAUGAAAGCUGCACCUGUUGUGACAUUCCCUCUUCUACACAAAUAUUAAAGGUACAGGAGCCCCUCUCUUGUCUUACAUCUGGCCCUCCUAUUGUUGGACCCUUUGAGUUAGCAGGGGGAGAUGUUUUAUUUAUUUUAAAAAUAUGGCACUUUUUUUUUUUACUUUUCCAUCGUAUGAAAACAAGGCCUGAAGAAUGUGGGGUUUUAAAGCAUGGUUUCCUUGCUUAUCUUGAAAAUUAAAUGUUAGAAUCAUUACGUUUUAGAAGACUGAUUGUCGGACUGAUGGUGCUGACUCACAAAAUAACAGAAAGAAAUUGCUGGAACUGGUUUAUAAUAGGAGCUGCAUCUAAUAAUUUAAUUUGCUUCAUUUCAUGCUGCUUUUUCAUCACUGUAAGCCCUUGUUUACUUUCACAUCUAAUCAUCAUUUAAAACUCUAUUGCAAUGUCUGUCUUGCUUAAAUGACCAAAUGCCGCUUUGAAAGAGGAGGCCUUAAAGGACUCGCUGCUGCUGCCGCCGCUGCCACCACAUGUCUGAGCCCACCAUAAGACUACAGAUUCUCUGUCAAGGCCUGGAACAUCUGCACUGAUGUGCUUUGGUAUUUCUGAAGUAGAAAUCAAACAAUGAUUUAGUGUUUUAAGAAGCACAAUCUUCAGGAUUAGUUUUUUGCACUUUAAAAAGAAAGAGCAGCGGGGACCUCAUUUUAAAGCAACCCCUUGCAAGAAAACUUUUUUUAACAAUACUUUUGUCACAUGAAGAAAAACUGAAGUGGUACCCAAAAUGUAAUCUAAUGGUGUGUGAGAGAUUUUAUGGUUUGAAGCUUUAUUUUAAUGACAGGUGAACCUUUGUCCAGGUGAAAACAAGGGUUUAUGUAAAAAUACUGAUAAAAAGAAAAUAUCUGUGCCUAAAUAAAACAGGCUCCAGUUAGCAAUGCUACCACUAAGGCAGCUGCUGCUUGCUUGCCAGGAGAUUUUCCUGCUGAGAUGUGGCUCAGCACUGUUGCUAGUAAAGGGAAAAGGCACUACUUGUUUUUUGCAUGAAUACUCCUAAGCCCCAAUUUUAGUGUAGCAUGACCAAGCUAAUAAAGCAGAGUGGUGUUGUUUUCCAGUCCUUCAUACUAGCUGUCAAUUGAAAUGUUUAAUGCUGGCAUUCUUAUUGCUGCAAACUUAGAAUAUGUCCACAUUUCAGACACACAUCGUUCAAACAUGUUGAAUUAAACAUUUAAAAUGUUUGUGGUGCUUCAGCAGUGUAGAUAAAGCUUUAUUACGUUUCAUAUUAAAUUUUAUUGUGAGUUUUCAACAUAAGAUAACAAUAAAAAACCAAACUAAUCUAAAGAAAGAUAAUGAUAAACAAGACAGGAAGCAGAAAUAAAGAAAAGAGGGGGGCACUAUAUGUAUAUAUAAAACCAAGCCCUCUGUCACGAUUAUAUCUUGAUCCUUAUUCCACAUACAGAAGAGUUAACCCUCCCAGCUCUCACCUUAGAGCUUUCCCCUCUUUGAUCAGCUUCACAUCCUGAGGAAACCUCUCUGGCCUGCAUCUCAUGCACGUCCCUUCUAGAGAAAGCUCUAAGAGGCCCUUGUGUUUUCAUGGAACCACACUUCACUGGGUUCCUACUGAAGUUCCUACAGAAGCUGUGAAUCAUUUGAAUUUUUUGAUGUGGAGAUAGCCUAAAAUCAUUGCUUCCUAAGCUUUCUGGCUCCUAAGGACUUAUUGGCCAACAUGUCCACAGUCCACAUUAAGAAAGGAAGAAAGAAAAAAAAUAUAAUGAGGUCAUUUCAGGCAUAUCUGUGAGUGGUGGAAGUCUGCAAUUCAGUUCUUGCUCCUAUAGAUUAGGGCUUUCAAGCAGAAGGUCCAGAGGCCUUAUGGGUCCUCUGAGGUCCAAGGAAUCCUAUUUUAGUCCAGAGCUAAUUUGAGUUUGAUAGUGUAGAUAGUGAUCCUUCAGGUGUAGGGAGGUCUGUAUUACAAUCUCCAACACUUAUGCCAUAAACACAGACCUAUCAAGCUCUGUGCAUGCCCUUCUAUUCUGAGUAAAUUUGGAGUAAUGCUUAGAUGUGUACUUGCAAUCACCAGUGUGAAUUAUAGUACCCAUUCUAAUCAUAAUCGUGCACUGAAAUAAUAAAACCCAUAUUUUAGUCUCUCUUAACUACACUUUUGUACUAGUAAUAAGGCUGGUUAAAGUCUGCUAAGGGGUAACAAGUAUCUUAGCCAUUCCAUGCUAACUGGGAAGCAAGCGGCUUUUGAGGACAAUAGCCCAUGCUUUAAGUAGGGAAUAGUGGCACCAAUCUGUGUCGGCGGUAAAAAGUUACAAGUUUUCAGUUCAUCAGAGUUCAAGGAAGCUCUAGAGACCAAAUGGUACAAAUAUCCUUCAAGAAAAAAAAUGAAAUGCUGAGCUCUUCAGUUUUAAAAAUGCCAGCCCUUCUAAAUCAAAAUGGGUACCUGGAAUGCAGUUGAGGAUCCUGAGGUCUACAUCUCAUGAUUCUCAAAUAUGCCAGUGAGGGAGAAUGUGCAUGACUUUUUUAUUAUAGAAAAAAACUGUUAUGUGGUUACUUUUCUGAGUCAUUCCGUUGUGAAACUCCCCCCAACCCGUCCUAUGAAUGUUGCCCCCUGAGUGUUUAGCUAUGACUUAAAAUAAAUUUUGUUUUGGAUUGUUUCUUAGCAUAUGGUUAAAUAGAAAUUUUGCUGUAUGAGAAUGACUGGGAAUGUUGCAGUGCUGACAUUCUCUUUUCACGUGAUUGUAUAAACUCAUGUGAACAUGCAGUCUUCACUCAGGCAUGUUUCAGCCAAAAAUAAUGUCUGAGGCAAGAGUGCUGUGCAAAGUCCGGUGUGAGGUAAAAACAAGCAAACCAGAGUUUAAUUCUACUGUGUUUGUUUGUGUGUGUGUGUGUGUGUGUGUGUGUGUGUGUGUGUGUGUAAAACAGAUUUUUAUUUUCUUGAACUUAAUUUAUCAUUAAAAUCAAUUUUUAAACACCAUACUAAAUUAAGCAGGUAACCUAAUAAAAUGAAUUAAAAAAAACCCAACUGUGUCUGGCUUGCCUGUUAUAUGUAUCUUACCCUUUGAGAUUCUCAAUAGAGCAACCAGAUACUGUAAAAAUGUGUUGGUUUUUUAUUUACGCAAUUGAUUAUAAUGAACUAAUCAUUGCAACAUGACUAGUAUCGGGUCUUAGGGAAGGAGUAAACAAUCAACACAAGCUUCCUCAUGUUAGAAACUGUGAUCUCAGAAGUUUUUGCCAAUCACUGGACUUUUAAUAGGUAACAAUUUGACAGAAAUGCCGUCCUCUCAUGAAGUUUGUUUACUUUGGGCUAUUCCUAGGCAUAUGCUGCUUCUAAAAGGCUCCCUAUUUUUCACUCCCAUUUAUAGGUCUCAUUUUAAAAGUUAACUUCACAAGGUUGCAUCUUAAAUGCUAACUAAUAACCCUUCAGGCUACCAAGUGUAUGUCUAGGAUGUUGAAUAUGUGUUCACACACUUCCACUAGAAUUGGCUGUCCUUUCUACUUUAAAUAUGUUUUACUCUAUAAAAAUAACAUAAUCAUCAGGAAGAACUUUCUGACAGCAAGAACUGUUUGACACUGCAGCCGACGCCAACAAGAGGAGGUGGACUCUCCUUCAUUGGAGGUUUUUAAGCAGAGGUUGGAUGGCCAUCUGUCAUGGAUGCUUUAGUUGAGACCCCUGCAUUGCAGGGGGUUGGACUAGAUGACCCUCAGGGUCAUUUCCAACUACAGUUCUAUAAUUCUAUGUUAAUUGGCUUUCUUUCUAAGUAACCCAAGUCCCUUUUUUGUGUGUGUUGAUGCUUGGAUUUAUGGAAGCAGGUAAACUCCAGCUGGCUUCUAUUCCUGCCACUGAGAUGAUUCAUGAAUAGUACAAGCACUGCUUGUAUCUUGCUGUCUAAAUCCUAGGCAGAGAACGAUAGAGUUUAUCACUGUCUUGAACAUUGUCCUCUUUUAAAAUUAGCUGAUGUAACCAUGAAGUAGAAUUCUGGCCAUUCUUGUGUUGCAUUAUUCCAUCUAGUUUAUAUUUAAGGAUGAUAUAUAGUGGACUUCUGGAAGCACUUUCACACAGAAAGAUGGGAGAACUUUCAGAAGACAACAUAUGAAAUGAGAAAAUGCCACAUUGCCCAUUUUCCAAUGGAAAUAGCUGUGUGAACUGGUGCUUUGAAGCUUAGCAUUCUUCCAUUACGUUUAGAACAAAGUCUAAGGAUCCUUCCCUCAUUAGGGUUCCAUCUGUCACACUAGAACCAUCAAAGUUGCUCGAUGCCCAGUCAAUGUUCCCUGCAUAUUAAAAUAUUGUGCUUUCACAUCCAGUCUGUG